AUGAUGAGAAUAGUAGCCGCGCUGCUACUGACGACGGUAGUGGUCAGUGCUGAUAUUGCAUCCCAAGUCCAGAGUCAACUGCGAGGACGUCAACGAUUGCUUCAGAGCGCCCAGCGAGGUGCCGAUGCCCUCGGUGCCCUCAAUGCCGGCGAAAACGCCAAUGAAAAUGCCCUUGAGAAUGCCAAUGAAAACAGUGUCCUCAGUGGCGCUCAGACGGUAGCACCCACCCUGGCAGGCACUGUGGGCAGCACUGUGGUGCCUUCUACCGACAUGCCAUCGACCGAAGUGCCGUCUACCGAUGUUCCUUCUACAGAUGUUCCAUCUACGGAUGUUCCUUCUACGGAUGUGCCUUCGACGGAUGUCCCAUCCACAGAUGUCCCUUCGACCGAUGCCCCUACCACCGAGACACCUCCACCCAGCACGGAAACGGUCGCUCCCACCGAAGAGACCGCCGAUCUUACAUUCACGUCGUCGCCCACGACCGCCGAUGCCACCGCCUCACCCACCGAAAGUCCUAUUGACAAUACCGUCUUGACGGGCGACAAAGAUGGCGAAGAAGCCAUUGAUUAUCCCGACUACUUCCAAACUGGUUUCGGUGGUACCUACCAGAUUGAUUCCGAACUGGAAUACCACUUUUGGGCUGGCAAGGGAUACGACCCCGACCAGACCCAACAGACCAAACUCAUUUGGGCCGCUCAAAAGACAUUCUCCAAAAUCCUCAAAGACAAAUUCCCCGACGACUUUGAGAGUAUCACCGAAUGUACAUUGACGCACAGUUACAAUGCCGAAACGGAGAUUCUGGAUUUGCACUUUUACGCCGAUGUCAAGCUCAAGGAUGGAUCGGCCGAAACGGAACAUUCCGUCGGAUACGCGCUCAGCCAGGGCGAUUGGCAUGCCUAUUUGGACGAGAUUCGAAAGGCCGGGUUGGUCCGUGGUGGUGAAGUCGACUACACCGCCACCGGUCCCAACAAGGAUCCCAAUGCCGUUCAAAACGGUGGAGGACGACGUAUUCUUGGACAAGCACGUGCCGUGCUGCCGUAA